UGUGUUGACAACUGCCACCCAAUACCAGAGUGGCCACAGCCCAACAACAUCAGCAAACAAAGCCUUCUACUUUCCUUAACCCUUCCUUCACUUCUCAUCUCAUUCUUCCAUUCCAAACCCAAAACCUUCUCUAUUCUCUCUGAUCUGCUCUGUUCUGUUCGACUCUAGCUGGGGAGGAUAAAGGAGUUCUGCUAUACUAUCUCAGUCGCCGGAAUCUGGUUUGGAGCAUAUUCUUGGUAGAAUUUGAUCGAUCUAGAUAAUGUGGUGGAUGAUGGGUGAGGGAGGAGGUCCUUACUGCUCUAAGAAGACGGACGAUUACUGCGCUGAUGUUUGUGGCCAGGAAUCAGGUAGACUAAUAAGCAUGUCAAGAGUGCGUUGUAUUCUCCGUGGCUUUGAUUUAAGAGCUCUCAUCCUGCUCAUCAUGCUUAUUCCAACAUGCAUCUUUGGCAUAUACGCCCAUGGACAGAAGAUCUCUUACUUCUUGCGGCCGUUGUGGGAAUCACCGCCCAAACCUUUCCAUGAGAUCCCACACUAUUACCAUGAGAAUGUGUCCAUGGAGAAGCUCUGCAAACUUCACGGUUGGGGCAUCCGCGAGUACCCUAGGCGUGUCUACGAUGCUGUGUUGUUCAGUAAUGAGAUGGACAUCCUUACAAUACGAUGGAAAGAAUUGUAUCCCUACAUAACCAAGUUUGUACUUCUGGAGUCAAAUUCAACAUUUUCUGGAAUUCAUAAGCCUCUGCAUUUUGCAACAAAUCGGGAGCUGUUUGAUUUUGUUGAACCCCGGUUGCAAUAUGGGACGGUUGGAAGACAUUCCAAGAGAGGGGACAAUCCAUUUGUUGAGGAGGCGUAUCAGCGAUUAGCAUUGGACAGACUUCUCCAAAUAGCUGGUAUUACUGAUGAUGACCUGUUGAUAAUGUCAGAUGUGGAUGAGAUCCCAAGCGCGCACACUAUCAAUCUCCUGAGGUGGUGUGAUGAUAUCCCUGAAGUUCUUCAUCUUCGGCUGAAGAACUAUCUUUAUUCCUUUGAGUUUCUUGUGGACAAUAACAGUUGGAGGGCCUCAGUACACAGGUAUCGAGAGAAUGUGACCAAAUAUGCGCAUUUUCGCCAGACAGAUGAAGUCCUGGCAGAUGCAGGGUGGCAUUGCAGCUUUUGUUUUCGCAAAAUCAGUGAGUUCAUAUUUAAGAUGAGGGCAUAUAGUCACAAUGAUCGAAUCAGAUUCAAUAAGUAUCUCAACCCUACAAGAGUUCAGAGAGUAAUAUGCAAUGGAGAUGAUCUGUUUGAUAUGCUUCCAGAAGAGUACACAUUCAAAGAAAUCAUCGGCAAAAUGGGUCCUAUUCCUCACUCCUACUCAGCUGUUCAUCUCCCAUCCUAUCUGUUGGAGAAUGCGGAGAAGUAUAAAUUCCUAUUGCCUGGGAAUUGCAUGAGAGAUAGCUAGUGAGCACCCUCUUUUCAGUAAGUUUUUGAUGUCUGCUGUAAAGAUAGUUGGUCAUGCAGCUUUGUGACUCCUCAUGAUGGGUUCAACCGAACAAUCGAUGACUGGUGUAUCGCUGUCAUAGCUGUCCCUCAUUCUCAGCUACAUUUAUAUCUCAUUCUUUGGAAAGGUUUCGGGGCUGAACAGAGACCUUUGAGCAUUUAGGGUAAUGUUGUGUACAUAACUUUAGGGUAAUGUUGUGCACAUAACUUUUACUGGAGUUCUGUUUAGUACAAAGGUGGAGCAUGCCUAUCUAUUUGGAAGGGAAGAGCUUGCUUCUGGGCUUGAAUCAGUUGUCACAAGUCUUAUGUUCUCUUAUCUCUGAGAUUGAAUGAUUCAUGGAUAUACCGAAAUUAUAAGUACAAGGGGUGCCUACUGCCUACCCUUCCUUGUUGGGAAAAUUUUGCUCAUGAGACAUUAUUCGUUUAUGCGGUGAAUCUGACUUUGUUCGUGACAAUCUGAAUUGCUUUUAGAUCUUAUAUUGAUCAAACUGCAUGAUAUAUAAUGCAGUCUAUGCAGUCUAUGCGACUUUUACAGUAUUAGGUUCAUCAUUUCAUCCUGUCAUUUCAGGUAUUUGUUCAAAUUAUCACUGAACGUUGCAUGACCGUGUAAAAUCAUCAACAUACAUUCAAGACUCAAAAGCCUUGCAUUUUGGUUCUGGUACUAAUAUACGAGGGAAUUGUAUGAAACAUAAUUUCUGCUCAACUUAAACUUAGUAAUGGAAAGUUUGCUCUGCUUA